UCUCAUCAUCCCUCCACUGUCUACCAUGCCUGCAGUCGCACCAAUGGACAUUCAAAAUCACAGCAACGCGUACCGCUCCUCCUCUUCACUGAGUGAGGCGGACGACCAUAUGAUGCUACACGAGUCGAUCGCCAGCUGGAGAGAGACAAUGGAGAUAGAGAUCCCCGCUUCACCACUCUCCCAUAGCGUAAUGUCACCCUCUUCAUUCCAGUACCCAUCAGCCAUGCAAUGGGAGGGUGCUUCCCCGCCUUCUCACGCUGUCUUCGACGCCUGGUCAACAGUGGAUCAGACUUACUGCAAGGACUUCACAUGCUGCGGCCUCGCACUGCCCGGUCUUCACGAGCUACUGCAACAUUACGAGGAACGGCAUGUUCAGCCGCAGCAGUUCUCAGACGAUGAGAGUUUACUCACAUCACCCGUGACACCGCAAACCGCUUCCCCUCGAUCGUCUGUUGGUCCAGAAGGCCCCGCAACACCACCCCCCUCAUCUUUCCCCUACUCACCAUCAGAGAUGAAGUUCAACUACCCACCCUACUCUGCCUACCAGGCUCCAACAUUCUACAAUCCCGAGUUCCCCGUAUCAGAACCAUACGGCCUGCCACACGUACCCAGCCUGGUGCCGGAGUACGAUGUGAUGCAAGGUUUCGACCCCCUAGACCACGACUCCCCCGCAUACAGCGUCCCUCCUUCACUUGUCAACAAGCCACUACCAGCCGAGAAGCCCAGGGGUCUGGGGAUCACCAUCCCCAGUAUUGACACGAAGACGCUCACGGCAGGUGGGAUCGCGGGUCGCAAAAUCAAGUACGGCAAGGACAGGAAGUCAAAAAAGGACGACGAGCUUCCCGAGGGCCAGAAGCGAGUAAAGCCCUUCAAGUGUAAAGUCCCUGGUUGUACCAAAGCGUAUCUUAACUCCAAUGGUCUUCGUUACCAUAUGCAAAAGGGGACCUGUGUCCUCAGCGGCCCUGCCCCGCCAGAAGAUGUCUAAUAUCGAUCUUAAUCGCGACUGGCUGCGCGUUGAUCGACCAUCAAAAGUACUACGUGUUCCAUAUAGAACCCCCAUUCCCCUCAAUCUCUUCUCGUUAACUGGUAAUACCAAUUCCUCUCAGGGUUUGCAUUGCUAUAAUCAGGCAAGGAGUCGUGGCGAGUCGAGUCUCUCCUUUUGGAUGUGCUACUGUCUGUGUUGUGUAUAUAUGUGCUCUCGUUUUGGUUUCCUUGUUUACCUGCGUUUCUUUUUCCUGUGACGUUUCCUUUGCCUUCGUUCUGUUACAAUAAUGUCUCCAUGUAGUCCAUAUCCCACUAUCAC